ACCACGUUUUUAAAAUAUGAUCUUCCUCUACUCUAGAUGAAGUUAUUCGUAAACGACUUCUAAUUGAUGGAGAUGGUGCUGGUGAUGACAGACGAAUUAAUUUGUUAGUGAAGAGCUUCAUUAAAUGGUGCAACUCUGGAUCUCAAGAAGAAGGAUACAGCCAAUAUCAACGCAUGCUGAGUACUUUAUCACAGUGUGAAUUUUCAAUGGGAAAAACUCUGCUUGUCUAUGAUAUGAACCUCAGAGAAAUGGAGAAUUAUGAAAAAAUCUACAAAGACAUAGAAAAUAGUAUAGCUGCAGCACAUGAGAAGAUUGCUGAAUGUAAAAAGCAGAUUCUGCAAGCAAAAAGAAUACGAAAAAAUCGUCAAGAAUAUGAUGCAUUGGCUAAAGUAAUACAGCACCAUCCAGACAGGCAUGAAACAUUAAAGCAGCUAGAAGCUUUGGGAAAAGAACUUCAACAUCUUUCUCACAUUAAAGAAAAUGUUGAAGAUAAGCUGGAGUUGAGACGAAAGCAGUUCCAUGUGCUUCUGAGUACCAUCCAUGAACUUCAGCAAACUUUGGAAAAUGAUGAAAAACUUUCAGAAGCAGAGGAGUCCCAAGAAACUCACAUGGAAGAAGAGACUAAACAGUAGACAAACUUUGGACUUACUCAAGAAUUUCCAUAGCUUCUGAAUUUGUGCCGAAACUCGUUAUCUUGAAACUUUUCUAAGAAAUUAAAUCUUGCGGCUGUUUUUUGUGAAUUUGUAUGAAUACCAGGGUUUUUUUUAAGACAAAUACAAAAAAUCUUGUUUUGUUAGUGCUACAGUAAAACAGUUACUGCUCAAGUAACAAGCCUUCAUAUACGUGUGGGCAGCACUCCAGUAUUACACAAAAAGCUUUAGAUUGUUUUGUGAACCAGGAAAAUAUUUCAGGCUUGUCAGUUCCAGAGUGUAAAACAUUCCUGUAUAGUAAUCUGCUAAGAUGCUAACACGGUGUUGAAAUAAAACAUGUUUACAAAUAA